AUGGCCCAGCAAGAGCACCAGCAGCACCAGCAGCCUCACGCCUCGUACUCGCACUUUCCGGACAUGGCCACCAAGCCGGCGGCGUACGCGCAGGUCGUGGCGUCGCUCGAGGCCCUGCUCGAGGCCCAGCGCAACUGGGUGUGCAAUCUGGCCAACGCGGCCUCGCUGCUCUGGCACAUGUACCACGCCCUGCCACCGGCGGUGUCCCGGGAGGCCGCGGGCGUCAAUUGGGCGGGAUUCUACGUCCUCGAUCCAGCGGCGCCGACGAGACAGCUGAUCCUCGGCCCCUUCAUGGGCAAGGUCGCAUGCCAGACCAUCACCUUGGGGAAAGGCGUAUGCGGGACCGCGGCGACGGGCGACGAUGGGACGGGAAAGAGCCUUGUGGUGAAAGACGUCGAGGCCUUUCCCGGCCAUAUUGCCUGCGACGGCGAGACCAAGAGCGAGAUUGUCGUCCCGAUCCGAAGUGCUGGGAAGGUCGUCGGCGUAAUCGACAUUGACUGCACGCAGCUCAACGGCUUCGAUGAUCAAGACCGAGAGGGCCUCGAGAAAGUAGCGGCACUGUUGGCAUCAUCCUGCGACUGGUGA